UCCCAGAAGGCGCAUCAGCCGCUCUCCUCUUGUCAUUUCUGCUCGUACGACUCACAUGCCCGUGAACGCCACUGGGCUCAGUGCGCGCAUCUCUGCUCCAACUUCAAACCGGUCCCGUCAGCUUGCUGAAAAGCAGGCGGCUUUCACGAUGGAUGCUUCUGUUUAUGAUAUCAUACUGGGAGAGCUCGAGGAGCUGAACUGUAGUUUGAUAGAGCAUUUUCAAGACACUUUUUAUGAAAACGCUUCAUUGGCUUUGCUGAGCGCUGAUGGUUUAUAUUGCAAUGUCACUACUGAUGAGAUUGGAACCUGCUGGCCGCGGAGUAGCACUGGCAGGAUUGUGGAGAGACCGUGCCCUGCUUACAUCAACGGAGUAAAGUACAACACAACGAGAAGUGCUUACAGAGAAUGCCUGGAUAAUGGUACAUGGGCGUUGAAGAUCAAUUACUCCAACUGUGAGCCCAUUUUGGAGGAGAAGAGAAAAUACCCCAUGCAUUACAAGAUAGCUCUGAUCAUCAACUACCUAGGCCACUGUAUUUCUGUGGGAGCUCUAAUCGUGGCCUUUAUUCUCUUCUUAUGCUUAAGGAGCAUACGGUGUCUUCGAAACAUUAUCCACUGGAAUUUGAUCACCACCUUCAUAUUGAGGAACGUUAUGUGGUUCUUGCUUCAGUUGAUUGACCACAAUAUCCAUGACAAAAAUGAGCCUUGGUGUCGAUUAAGUACGACAAUAUACAACUACUUUGUAGUGACCAACUUCUUCUGGAUGUUUGUUGAAGGAUGUUAUCUUCACACUGCUAUUGUUAUGACCUAYUCCACUGAUAAACUGAGAAAGUGGGUUUUUCUUUUCAUUGGUUGGUGCAUUCCAUGUCCAAUAAUUGUGGCUUGGGCUAUCGGAAAAUUGUAUUAUGAAAAUGAAAAAUGCUGGUUUGGUAAAGAACCUGGGAAAUAUAUGGACUACAUUUAUCAGGGACCAAUUAUUCUUGUGCUUCUGAUAAACUUUGUUUUCCUCUUCAACAUAGUACGAAUUCUCAUGACCAAAUUGAGAGCUUCAACCACAUCAGAAACAAUUCAGUACAGCUGUGUUUUCAUGGUUCAGUCACCUUACAAAGAACCAGUGGCAGGCAUCAGGUUUGGAUUUAAUGCUGUGAACACAGUAGAAAGGUUUUGGAUUAGAUGUGUCUGUCAUGCUUAAGUCCCAUAUCAGAGUGAGGUUGGGGUAAUUACAGUGCUUUUUGCAAAAAGGCUCUUUUAUUUAUUCCCACCAUUAACCACUAGAAAAAAGUGGAAAACCUCUCAUGUGCCUGAUUGCUAAAACAGCAAAGCUUGUUCUCAACAGCUGCUAUCAGCGUACAUUUAUUUAUUUUUGACUUCCCAUGGGAAUAUGUUGAAGAAAACAAAGUGUUUGUGGUGUCACAGCUCAGACUAUUUAUAUUCAAAUUCAAGGUUUUGAGGCUGGCUGUGACAGGAGUUUGUUUUUGUGGGCUUUGAAGAGAUAAGCAGGUGGUAUAGCAAUAUGUAAAGCAUAAUCUGCAUAACACGUUUUCUUUUAAAUGUCAUCUCCUAAUUGUUUCCAAUCUGAAUUUACAUUUGUUUCAAGUGUUGAUCAGAAAUAAACAUUAGGAUUGAUAUAAAUGUCAAUCCUCUGUCACUGACAUUCAUAUCACUACAUUUUUAUUUUGUUUUGUUUUAAAAAGCUUACUUAAAAGCCCUCCUACAGUGGAGCGUUGUUUGUUUGCUGCUGAAUGAGAGUUAUAUAAUUGUGAUAUACCCUAAAUUAAUUUACAUUUUUAACUGCUGGCCUUAUUGAUUUGUUUUCUACUAUUAAGGGAAAAGAAAUGCAGCACCAUUUUGGCUUGGUGCAAUCACAACCUUCAAUGUAUUUUAAGUAGAUUUCAAGUAACAGGUCAACACUAAGUAGGUCAUAAUCGUGAAGUGUAAGAAAAAGCGCAAGUGGUUUUCAGAAUUUUGAAAUAAAACAAAACAUAACUAAGGCAGAACACAGAUAAACAUCUGAUCAAAAUUCAACUACUAAAAAAGUCAAACAACCCAGGAGAGAGAAGCAGAUGGUACAAGUAAAAUGAGGAGCCAGAAUCAGGAGAGCUGACUCAAGUUAAAGCUGACUCCCCUUUUUAUUGCCUUUCUCUGCUCAGCUCUCCCUCUCAGUGGUUGUGCUCUGCUACAGCAGAACUCUGUUUUAAUUGGUAACAUGGUGGCCUUGUGGCCAAUCAUAUGUGAGGAUAUAGGAUCAUACCAUUAUGUGAAAACAGGGAGGUGGACAGAAGUGGCAGUCAGGUGGAGAAUUUUUCUGUCACCUCAGUCAGUAGACAGUGGUGAGGAGGAAAUUGCAUCAAAAAAAAAAAUCAUAAAUAUGACUGACACCCAUAAAUGAAGCAACAUCUGGCAGCAGUUUAAUAUAAAUAAAAUAAAAAUGUAUGAUUAUUAAGGUUUUGUUUGGUAGAUUUGCCUGCAAUGCAAAAUAGCACAGGCUUGUUAAUUUAUUUUUGUGUUUAAUGGCAACUAAAUGUUUUAUUAAAAUAUUACACAAAAGUAAUAAUUGCUGCUUCAACAUUUUAACAGAAUAAAUACACAAAAUUAGGCAAGUAUGAGGCGUUUCACAAAAACACUGAGUGCAAAAAGAUGUAUUCAAUUAAAAGAGCUGAACUUCUCAUCACUGCAUCCAAUCUGUCUGAGCCUGAGCUUUUAUGAUUAAAGAUACUUGGGUACAAGUUUCAGUUUCCAGAUUUGCAAGGCUGGUAGAAAUGUACCAGAGAAAUAUGCUGGUGUAAAGCUAGUAAACGGUUAUUGCACUAAGUAUGGACUCGUGGGCAAUGAAUACAAAUGGACAGCAGACCUUUCAAAUCUGUAUUUGGAAAAAAAAAGAAAAAUAAAAAAAAUAUAUAUAUAUUGUUCUCUAACUUUAUUUUGCACCGGUGUCUCACCAAAUCCCUAAUAAAAUGCAAUAAAGUUUGCCCUCAUAACAAAAUAAGGAAUAUUCAAAGAAUCGUAUGGGUAGUUGUGGAAGA